AUGGGUUGGUUCUCAAAGGAAGAAGAUAACGAAUAUCAUCCGAUAGAUAGAUCCUCUAGAAGACAAUGCUGGGAUUCACGUGACGAAUUUUUCGAAUGUCUUGAUAAGAUUGACGUGAUCAAUCCUCUGGAUCCUUCACAGCAGAAUAAGAUAAAGCAGAAUUGUCAGAAACAGGAAGCCAAGUUUCACAGCAGCUGCGCUGAAAGUUGGAUUAAGUACUUCAAGGAGAAAAGAGUAGUGGAUUACAAGAAAGAGAAAUUCUUGAAGGAGAUGGAGCAACAAAACGCUACCAGGAUUGAGCUAUCCCCUGAGCAGGCUCUUGGUGGCGCCAAGGGCGGCAGCAAUUAG